UAAUUUUCUGAAUUUAUCCAGAAAAUUCAUUACACGUUAGCUUCUGGUGUCAUCAUGGCAACAGAACCCGUACGAGAGCGCAGAAUCUGGAACUUCCACCUGCUUUCAUAUAAGCUCUUAGUCACCAACCCCCCUUCGCUUCUCUCUGUUGUUAACUAAUUAAAAUUAAAAAAUAAAAGAAAUGGGAAUGAGAAGUGUCGUUUCAAGCAGUGGAAUCCGUCGUUUAAUGGAAGGUGGUAGUGGUAGAUCAACAAUUUCAGGCCUAAAAUACUUCAGCGAUAACAAAGGUAGAAUCCUUAGUGAAGAAGAACGUGCUAAAGAGACCGUUUACAUUCAGAAAAUGGAGAGGGAAAGAAUGGAGAAGGCGAGGCUGAAAGCUGAAAAGGAGAGAGCUGAAAGAGAGAAAGCUGACAAGAAAGCUGAAGAAGAGGCUCAUAAGAGCUGAAGUGGGUUACCUGCAACUCCUGCUUUCAAGUCGUGCUGAUAAAAUAAUGUUAUGCUGACAUGUUGCUCCUCAUCUCUCAUCAAGCUCAUCCUUGUACAGAAUAUGGUUUAAUAAUCUUGCUUUUAGUGCGCUGCUGUUGUGUAUGAUACUUGUUAACUUGCUAUUGUCAGGAUCAACUUUUUUGGGGCUAAUAUGUACUGCUUGCUAA